CCUCACCUUUCACAAUGCACACACCGCGACCCCAUAAAUCCCCCUUCCCUUCGCUCCCGCACCCUACCCAGACCGCCUCAACCCCAUACCCCAACCGCAACUACACCUACCAUUCUCUGUUCCCACCACCGCCCGGACGGGGAAAAGACACCCGUCAUCCUCCUCGUCCACAAUGGAAUCCCCUCUCUCCACAGUCAUAAUCACAAAAACAGACUUCAC